AUGGGGAUCGGAACGUGGUCUUGGGGCAACCAGCUGUUGUGGGGGUACAACGAGGAGAUGGACGACGAGCUUCAGCAAGUGUUCAACCUGUGCGUCAGCAAGGGGAUCAGGUUGUUUGACACGGGAGAUUCCUACGGGACAGGCAGGCUGAAUGGGCAGAGCGAAAAGCUCCUGGGGAAGUUCAUGGAGGAGUAUGCGAGGCAGAACGGAGGAGUGUAUCCCAACAUCGGGACCAAGUUCGCUUCCUACCCCUGGCGUCUGACCGUGGGCAGGAACAAAGCUUGCGAUGAGAGCGCCGAACGCCUGAGGAGGCCGGUCGACAUCGGACAAAUCCACUGGUCCACUGCAAACUACUUCCCCUGGCAGGAGCGUGUCUUGUGGGAGAGUCUUGUCAGCCUUUACAAGUCCGGGCGGUGUAGAGCUGUCGGAGUGAGCAACUACGGGCCUCAACAGCUGAGAAAAAUUCAUGCCUUCCUCCAAGAUAACGGUGUCCCCCUGGCGUCCAAUCAAAUCCAGUACUCUCUCUUGAGCAGGACUGUUGGGGAGGAGGUGAAGGAAGUAUGCGACGAGCUCGGCAUCGCCAUGAUCGCAUACAGUCCCCUGGGCCUCGGGCUCCUGUCCGGCAGGUACCAGAGCAAGGACGACCUGCCCAAGGGCCCGCGGGGAUUUGUUUUCAGAGAGAGGGUAGAGGAAGUGGCGCCGCUGCUUGAGUGCCUGCGAGAAGUGGCAGACCAGCGAGGCAAGACAAUCGCGCAGGUUGCGAUCAAUUGGUGCCUGUGCAAGGACACGAUUCCAAUCCCCGGGGCGAAGUCGCUGAAACAAGCAGAGGAGAAUCUCGGGGCUGUCGGAUGGCGCCUGACCAUGAGCGAAGUUGAAGUGCUGGACCUUGCGGCGAAGAGGGUUCCACGGGAGCUCGUUCAGAAUAUCUUCCAAACCAAGUAA